UUGGUUUAUAUUAUUUAUGGUCGUCAUUAAAAAAUAUAGGUACCUAGGUACCCUAAUAUUGUCACUUGACCAAUUGUCAGAUCUGUCGCUUUUUGUAAAGUUAAGAUUUAAGAAAGAAUAUUAUUUUCAUUCAGAUUAAAGUAUGGCUGGCAGUGACGAUAGCAAGCCUAAUGGAAUGGAUGGGGAAAAAAAUGAUGAUGCUAAUGAAACUACGCAAAAUGAGGAAAUUAUCCAUGAAGAAUAUGAUCAAUUGGAUAUGAAAUUGGAUGAACUGAACCAGGCAUUGGAUUUCUUAGAACAGAAGAAUGAUGAUAUACACCAGCGACUAAGGGAGUUGCUGCAGUCUAACAGAGAAAUAAGAAAAGAAAUGCAACAUGAAAACAAGGAAACUCAAUGAAAUUGAUAGAAGUUUUGUUUUUGCUAUUGGGUACAAUAUAAUUUGUUGAUGGUAUUAUAAAUUUAUUAUUAGUUUCUUCUAAUUACAUAUAAAGUACAAGUUGUUGAUGAGAUUCUUUACUGUGUUGCUUUUACAUACUUUUAGGGCCGAUUUUUCAAUGCUUGGAUAAAACUUAUCUGUCCAAUAAAGUAUUACACAAUAAUAUUAAAUUGUCACGUAAACUGUCAAAUACGGGCAAUUAGAAUACGUUUUUAAAAUGGUAGUUUUAUACAUUAUUCGACGAAUAAGUUUUAUCCAAGCAUUGAAAAAUCGGCCCUUAGUAUAGUAUUUUACUACUUUUCAAACAAAACAAGAAUGGUAAAUGUGUCUCUUACUGAUUGUCAUCAUUGUUAUUAAGUUAGAUUAACUAAUACAACAAAUGCAUCAUAAACCAGUAAUAAAAAUACUAUGUAUGAAAAUAUUUA